AUCUUAAAAUGUGUCUUUUACCCCUUUCUAUUUAAGAUUAUAUUUUCAGUAAGUUGCAACUACGUUAUACCUUGUCUAAUCACUUUUUUCUAAUCAUUCUUUGAUCUACUUCAAUCUCUUCUAAAUCUAUAUCCAACCUCUCACACCUCUGCAUUUCGUGCAUCUCCGCAUCAUAUGUUUCAACUAUCUCAAUCUUACUUUUCCCAUCUUAUUUUUCAUAGAAGUUGCUUUCACCAAUUAUCUCUUUCUUUUUUUACGUGCAAGCCUUUAACAGAUGUUAAUAUACAUAUUUCAAUAUUAAUCAUGUUAUUAAUGACCAAUUUUUGUUUUUACACUUUUGGCAUGUUAUAACUACUACUCCCACCAAUCCACAAUGUUAAACUUAAACCCGAUCCAUAUAUAUUAUGCCCACAUCACUAACUAAUGAUCCAACCCAAUUAUAUUAUCAUCCUCCCUCUGUUUUCCCUUUCUCCUCAAAAACUUUCCGGCAGGCGACACUAGUCGCCGGUCGCCGGAUUUUCAAGAUUCCGGCAAUAUCACCACCGUCCAGCCACCAUUUCCGGCAUACUCCACAUUCAUUGAAAGAAUCCAAGAUUUGCUCAAGUUUAUGAAGGAAUUUUCUUCUCAUUGAGGGAAAAUAUUUGCACUUUUCUUCUAUUUUUUGUGUUGGGAUUUCUAUGUUCUUGAUAACCCCUUUUCUUCUUUUGGCAUUUUUUCGUAUGAAGCAACUGUGGGUGUUGGAGCAAGUGUGAUUUUGAUUGAUUUUGGAUCCUACAUUUCCCAAAAAAGUGAGCUUUUAGGAAGUAGAAUAGUAAUUUUUUUAUGGGGUUGAGGAAUUGAGUAGAAUGGGGCUAAAAGGGACAGUUAUAGCAGAAAGUAGAAUGGAAAAGCUAAAGAGUUCUAUGUUAUCCAAGUCAAGAAUGAAGUUAUGGAUGAUAAGGAUAACAACAUCAGUGUUGUUGUGGAUUUGUUUGGUUCAGUUGACAAUAUUGGGAGAGACUUGGGGUCCUAGAGUUUUAAAAAGCUGGCCUUCUUGUCUUUCUCAAGAAUCAGCUGCUGUACUGGAUGUUAAAUUGGUCCCUGUUAGAGUUCUUCCACCAAAGAGGGUUUACAUGAAUAAUGGUUACCUAAUGGUUUCAUGCAAUGGCGGGCUUAACCAGAUGCGAUCAGCGAUAUGUGAUAUGGUUGCUAUAGCAAGAUAUUUGAAUGUGACUCUUAUUGUUCCCGAGCUGGAUAAAACCUCCUUUUGGGCUGAUCCCAGUGAAUUUCAAGACAUAUUCGAUGUUGAUCACUUCAUAAUGUCCUUGAGAGAUGAAGUUCGAAUAUUAAAGGAGCUACCUCCAAGGCUGAAGAGGAGAGUAGAGUUAGGAGUGACUCAUACUAUGGCUCCUAUUAGUUGGUCUGACAUUUCCUACUACCAUGAUCAGAUUCUUCCGUUAAUUCGGAAGUAUAAAGUAGUUCAUUUGAACAGGACUGAUGCUCGGCUUGCCAAUAAUGGACUACCUAUGGAAAUUCAAAAGCUACGAUGCAGAGUUAAUUUUGGUGCGUUGAAGUUCACCCCUCAAAUUGAAGAGUUGGGUAGAAAGGUUGUCAGACUACUCAGGCAAGAGGGUCCUUUUAUGGUUCUGCACUUGAGAUACGAAAUGGAUAUGUUAGCUUUCUCUGGCUGUACCCAGGGAUGCAACGCGGAGGAGGUUGAAGAGUUGACAAGAAUGAGAUAUGCUUAUCCGUGGUGGAAAGAAAAAAUUAUAAAUUCAGAUUUGAAAAGAAAAGAUGGUCUGUGUCCUUUGACACCUGAGGAAACUGCUCUUACUUUACAGGCAUUGGAUAUUGAUCCUACUAUUCAAGUGUACAUUGCGGCCGGGGAGAUUUAUGGCGGAGAAAGGAGAAUGGCUAGUCUUGCUUCAGCUUAUUCUAAUUUGGUAAGGAAGGAGACACUACUCGAGCCUUCCGAGCUAAGGUUCUUUCAAAAUCACUCCUCCCAGAUGGCAGCACUAGAUUAUCUUGUUUCCUUGGAGAGCGAUAUCUUUGUUCCUACAUAUGACGGGAACAUGGCUAAAGUUGUUGAAGGACAUCGCAGAUAUCUUGGAUACAAGACAACAAUCUUGUUGGACAGAAAGCAUCUGGUGGAUUUAAUAGACCAGCAAAAUGCUGGAUCAUUGACAUGGGAUGAGUUCUCUACCGCUGUUAAGGAAGCUCAUGCUGAACGUAUGGGCAACCCAACAAAGAGAUUGGUCAUUCAAGACAGACCUAAAGAGGAGGAUUACUUUUACUCCAAUCCGUGGGAGUGCUUAGAAUCAUCGUAUGGGGAUGAAUUUUAAGCAGCUUGUAAAUUAUGGUCGUGGUAACAUUCUUAUAGAGAAAAAUACUUCCGCGCACUGACAUAUUUGGAGGACAUACUUAUCAACACUCGAAAACAUUGUGCUGGAUUUUGCUUCUGAGGCAACUGUUGCAGAUGAUACACUUUGACAUCCUGAGAUCGUCGAAAGCAUUUGGAAUAGGGUUAAUAUUAAUUUUCUUUUUCUUCUUCAGAAACCCAAUAAUCGAAUACAUGUAUAGAAACUGUCCUGCCAUUGUAGGGAUACAUUAUCAAUGGCAGCAUACACAUAGGGAUACAAUAUAGAUUGGUUUUGCCACAACUGUUGGCUUUGUCAAAUAUACAACUACUGUUCUGUA